AUGAGCUUCUUGGGAAUUAUAAUUGGUCGAACAUUCACAUCACCGCAGCACCAACGAAUGGCACAAGCUAGCUUUUUGUCGGUUGCAAGUUGCAACUAUGUAAUGCACUUCGCAAUCAAACGUUUAGUUCAGAAAAUGCAUCAGCAGAGAAAAACAAAUGACCCAGAAAGUCUUAAAUGUCAAGAGCGAAGAAAAGCGAUUUAUUUAACUGAAAGCAUAACAUACGAGAAGAAAAAAUUAUUAUGUUGUGUAUGUAAUAAAGCAGAAGAAAAGAGAAAGAUGAAAAAUGUUUUGUCGCAAGAAUAA